AACUUUUUUGCUGGAGACAAAGGAACUCCUCUCUGUCGCUCGCGUCGAAGCUCGACGUGUAGGCUACCAAAAGGAGAACCACCCAUAAAUCGACGGAUCCAAUUACUUAUCUUAGCACUAGUAACAACACUAUUCACUCUUUUCCACCAGCUCUUUUUGCAACAAAAAGCCUCCAUGAAGAGGAUACGACCCGGCAGAUGGUCGGGCCAGUUGCUCAGCGCUGCCCGGCCAUCGUCAUGUGCUUUGCCUAUCAGUAGCUUCGCAACCGCCACGACGAGCUCUACGUCUCAAACAUGCAGGAACCUGCAAAAAUUUCCUCAAGCUCGCCUACAGUCAACUGUCGCCAACCCCCAACAGAUCACCGAAGAGACUCCCUUCUAUCACCAACACCCAUCACCGCCUCCCUCCCGAGCACGCGAUUCUGCCAAGCUUGCUGCCCUGCACGCACGUUUGGACCUUUCCGAGAAGGUCCCCCUAGAAACUGUCGCCCGGACUCUCAUCGACCGCUCUGCCGACAAGGAUAUUCGUUUCAACAACUACAGCCUGUCGAGGCUCGGCUCCCAGCUCAUCGAGUACCAUGUGAACGAGUGGCUGAUGUGCCGGUAUCCCAGGCUUCCGUACAGUGUGCUUCUGGCCGCGCGCGACAGUUAUGCUGGGGAGCUGUCUUUGUCCGAGAUCUCGAAGUCGUGGGGUGUCGAGUCGGCUGCCGAACCCGGUGGCGAGGUCGACCCGGGUCUUUUGCAGUUUUCUGUCUGGAGCCCAAAGCCAAAGCUGAACGAUCCUGAGCACGACAGGAUCCAGAAAAUGUUAAAGAAAAACUUCAAGAUGCUGAUGAGGGGCCAGGUGGCUUCGGCUAACGAGCCAAGUGAAGUCGGCCCCGCGAUGGAUAUCGAUGCCAGUAAACCACUGCAACCCGAGACCAUCUCGCUUUUGCCUUCUCAAGGCUUGGACAAAGUGCGUGUCGCCCGCGAAGCGCACUCGAACUUUGUGCGGGCCCUUACAGGCGCUGUGUACGCCCACUGUGGGCGCGAGGCGGCCAAGUUGUUCAUCAACGCACACAUCCUCUCGCGUCAUCUCGACAUUGCGACUCUUUUCUCCUUCAAACGCCCAACCACUGAACUCGCCCGCCUCUGCGCCCGCGAGGACUUUGCGGAGCCAACCGCACGCAUCCUCUCGGAGACGGGUCGCCACUCGCGCACUCCUGUCUUUGUUGUCGGCAUCUUCAGCGGCAACGACAAGCUUGGUGAGGGCUCCGGCGCGGACCCCAAGGCUGCUCGUGCCAACGCUGCCAUGAACGCUCUCAAGGCCUGGUAUCUCUACAGCCCUGGACCUGACGUCCGUGUGCCGAGCGAUAUGCUGGUCGAGGGGGCCAAGCCAUGGACGCCAGCCUAUGUCGACAUUGGAGAGAUCAUCUGAGCGCGAGGUUGGAAUCCUGACUUUGCCCUUGACACGACUUUGCAGCGUCUGGAUGAGAAGGAAUCAAGAAAACAAAAAAAACCCUACUUGCGAUUUUGCAAGCUGUAUACUAAGCUUUGUUCGGGAGCUCAAAUGUCCGGACGAGCACACUAGUGUUCUUGUAUACUGGAUCUGUACAUUUUGUAACAUUUGGCGGUCCCUAUAAACUUCCUUUAAUGCGCGAGGAUACUAGUGGAAACAUCACGUGAAAAAGGCAUCAAUUCCAUUAAGGAUUUGUGCCAUAUACCUGUAUUUUUGGCAAGACCAAGCCAGUACCUGCAACAUUCACCAAUAGAUUCCUCCCGUGAAAGUUGAUAUUAGACAAAAUAGGAGGCGCAACAUACACAAUUUUCUUUGUCUAUUGACUAAUACCGGGUAUCUUAAGAUUCUAUAUCUACACUACAAAUGUCUAGCUCACUUCCGACUCGAGACACAAAGCUUGCUCAACUAAAGUGAUCGCCCUCCCCGAGUUUAUCAGCAAUCCCCAAUCUAACAAGUCG